UUUCUCUUCACUAAAUUUACUUUAUCUUUCAGAUUCUGGUUCUUUUCAAGAAGAUCCCAAUUAUAAAAGCUUUACUAAUUUUCCUGUGGUCAAGAGUACAUGCGCGCUAAUGAUGAUAGUGGAGAGUAUGUGUGUAAUCCUACAUACCAUUUCAAGUCACCAGGAGGCGUUUGGUCGGAUGAUCAUCUCGUUGCUCACACAGUAUUAUGUGAAGUGUUUUGAACAAUAUCAGGCCAUUGUUACCAAAAAUUCUGCCGAAUCCAAUGCAGUGGAGACAGGAAAUUUACAAGGAGUCAGUGCCACCUGGGUGCAACAAGAUCAACUGUCAGAAGUUCUGAAUCAAUAUCCUUACCAAGUAGACGAUUCUAACAAAAAUCGUCGCUUGCGUAAGAUGCUAUGUGACAAGGAAACAAAAGUCGAAAUGAACUUGAAGAAAAAUCGAUUCAUAAGAUAUGGAGAAUUAAUAAAUGAAAACAAAAAAUUGACCUCUUUAGGGUUGUUGUAUCAUAGUUUG